CAUAAUGCCAGUACAUUUUACAAAUGAUGCACAUGUUCUCGGAUAAAAAGGACGAUUUUAAAAAUUCUGACUAGAUAUGGGAAUUGUGAACUUGUUUGACUGUAAAAUUUGAUGUAAAAUAAAAUCAGAAUGGACCACAUUCCCCGACUAUCAGAGGUCCUGUAUGUUGGUCUGUGUCGUAAGAUAGGGACACCGACAGUAGUGGCCAUCAGAAGGGACGUGAGGGAUGCAGAGGACAUGAUAGAGAAAACUGGGCCCACUUUCGUGAAAAACGCAUGUAAAGCAAGAAAAAUGCUAAGCGGUAGUUAUAGGGAAGGAUUCAGGUUUGAUACAUCUGACCUGGAUUACAUGGUGUGGUAUUAUAAUUUUCAACUUAUAAAUGACAUUUCUAAGUUAAGAGCUUACAAUUCAUCAAAAUAUGACAUUCUUCUCAUGGAGGACACCGAUACACCACCUGGUUUUGUUAGGCUACAGCUUCUAACACCGAUAAGAUCCAAAGUCUUCGGUGAAUCAGUCAUUCCGUUUAAUGGUAGAAAUUAUGUAUCAAGUUUUUUGUGGAGACAGGUAUGGUUUAAAGAUCAUUCUCAACGUUAUCAAAAUGCAACUCAUCAUGGGCCUUGUUUCAGUAGUAUCAUAGGAUCUGUUUCACUUGAUAGAGCCGUUUGUUUGACUAGCAGAUAUUGGCCCUGUAGUACAAAACAACAUUGGAUGGAAAGAUGCGUUAGACACAUGUGGCCGCCUGCGAGUAUGCUUAGAGAUAUUUUAAACAAUGAUUGUCAUUGUAUGGCUAUUGGGAGUAAAUGCACGACCAGUGAAAAUGAAUUAGAGUGGAGAUUGUCCUUUUCUCUUGCCGAACAAAAGCUAGUGUACACCAUGAAUCACACCCAAUUUGUAUGUUAUGGGCUCCUUAAAAUAUUUCUCACUGAAGUUAUCAAUAAAAACGUGGAAGAACCAUUACUUUGUUCGUACUUCAUGAAGACAACAAUGUUCUGGUUAAUACAAAUUGGACACAUGCGAACUGGAGUCGUAACAAUCUACUGAAAUGCUUUUGGGUGUGUUUUAAAUAUCUUUUUCUCUGUGUGUAUCGUGGAGAAUUCGCCAAUUUUUUUAUUCCCCAGAACAAUAUGUUUUUAAACAAGAUUGUCGGUGUAGCACGCGAGUCCCUGCUAGAACAACUAAAUCAGUAUUACAGAAUAGGGGUAGCCUGUCUUCUACAUAGCCCAACACUCAGAGAUAUCCUUAUGCCAGCCCUUAGCCGUCCGUCGUUUGUGAUCCCCUGUACUGAAGAACAAUCUAUUGACCUUGAAUGUCAAUCCUGCAUUAAUGUGUUUAUGAAAUACGAAGUAUCAGCUCUUCAUCGUAUUGAUUUUACUGAUUGGUUUUUCUAUUUAAAAUAUGUAGACACUUCAGUAUAUUUUUCUUUGUCACCAUAUCAUUUAUUAACAUUACAACACUACAAAGCCGAUUUUCUUAUUCUUUCAGCCUUCAUGAUUUUCAACAAUGCCACACAUUUUAAACACAAAUAUAUGUAUUAUUUAGACAGAAACCUUUGCAGCAUGUUGAAGUUGUCAUCACGGAUAGGAACCAUCUCCCAUUCGCUGUAUUUAGCUUUGUAUUACUACAGGACAGGGAGAUAUAGUAAAGCGCUUUAUGUAACUUAUCUUACUAAACAAAGACUUUCAAAGCCCUACAUUUUGUAUCAUGACCAUACGGAAGGACACAGAUUCGGUAAUGAUAUAAGUUAUCUAUCCCUGUCUAGGGAAAUGAACAUUUCCUGGGUAGAAGAAAUCAAGCUUUAUUGUGCUGUACACUAUAUUGAAGAAUUAGCAAUAGAAAAAAAUGUGAAAGGCGUUAAUGAUUUUAUUCUUCUUUCUCCAUUUGUAUUAGUUGAAAUGCUUUCUGUAUUGUCAAACUACCGCCUUGAUAACAGAUCUCAGUAUCUAGAGUCACUGACAGACCUUCACACACUGCUCCUUUACGAUGAUGGAAGGUAUGUACCAUUAAAACUCCGAGAUAUAUCCUGGUAUAUACUUGGAAUCUGUCACCAAGUUGUAGGGGACAAUAAGAGGGCAUUAGACUCUUAUCAUGAAUCACUUAGACAGGAACAAUUCAAUGAAAUACAGAAUGCUGUAAAAUUCAGAAAACACUAUCUGCAGCAACGAUUGAUUAGAAAUAUACAAAUGUAAUAGCAUUUCAAUGCGUUCUACAUCAUUGGUGGAAAACAGUGCGGAAAAAAUGGUUACAUAAUGUGCUAUAUA